GGUGACGUGUACUACCGUUGCAGUAGUCUAUUGCCUUAACGAACGUGGCAAAAGCCAAAGAGGGAGGAAGGGGUUUCGGAAGUCAGAACGCCGUCGUCCGAAACUGGAGGUAAAAUCUAGCCGAAAGUAACGGCCUCACGGUCUCAGAGACUCAGAGGCUCAACUCAACUCUGCAGCUAAGCAAGCAAAGCAAGCACUGUAGCCCCUGCAAAAUUGGGUUCUCACUGGACGUGGCUUCAACAUGAGGAAGCGAGAUUUGGCCAUUCUCAUGCUCUCUGCUUUCGCCAUCUUCUUUUCUCUUCAGCACGAGGGUGAUUUCUCGUUCAGAGAGGCAUGGAUGCAUCUCUCCGAUGACUACCCCAUCAAGUACGAAGCCGACCGUCUCCCUCCGCCGAUCGUCGCCGAUCUCAACGGUGACGGCAAGAAAGAAGUCCUCGUGGCCAGCCACGAUGCCAAAAUCCAGGUUUUGGAGCCUCAUAGUAGGCGUGUGGAUGAAGGAUUCAGUAAUGCUCGCGUGCUUGCGGAGGUGAGCCUGUUGCCUGACAAAAUCCGCAUAUCCUCCGGCAGACGCCCUGUGGCAAUGGCUACCGGGGUUAUCGACAAGCUCAGACCCGGGCAAAGACCCAGGCAGGUUUUGGUGGUUGUUACAUCGGGUUGGUCUGUCAUGUGCUUCGAUUCCAACCUCAAAAAGCUCUGGGAAGUCAAUUUGCAGGAGGAUUUUCCACAUAAUGCUCAUCAUAGGGAGAUUGCCAUCUCCAUAAGCAAUUACACCUUGAGGCAUGGGGAUACAGGAUUGGUGAUUGUUGGUGGAAGGAUGGAAAUGCAGCCUCAUAUUUCCCUGGACCCUUUUGAAGAAAUUGGGAGGGCAGAGAGAAGUGCUGAUCAGCAUAGAAGAAAUCUGACUGAAAAGGAGGCUUCUGAGAAUUCAGGAACUGUGGAUUUACGCCAUUUUGCAUUGUUUGCAUUUGCUGGUGACUCUGGAGCAAUUCGAUGGACCAGAAAGAAUGAGAAUAUCGAAGAACAUUCUUCAGAUGCAUCACGGUUAAUUCCACAGCAUAACUACAAGCUUGAUGUUCAGGCUUUGAACAGUCGUCAACCAGGAGAGUUUGAAUGUAGGGAAUUCAGAGAAUCUAUCCUUGGAGUUAUGCCACAUCACUGGGAUAGAAGAGAAGAUACUUUGUUGGAACUUGCAAGGUUCAAGAGGCACAAAAGGAAAAUAUUGAAGAGAACAUCUGGAAAGACUAUUAACUACCCUUUCCACAAGCCUGAAGAAAACCAUCUUCCUGGAAAAGACUCAACAAAAAAAAUUUCUAACUUCAUUGGAAAAGCUGCACAGUAUGCUGGCUCUGCAAAACCUAAGAAGCCAUUUCCAUAUAUUCCUACCAUAACAAACCACACACAACUUUGGUGGGUUCCUAAUGUUGUUGUAGCUCAUCAAAAAGAAGGAAUAGAAGCUAUUCACUUAGCAUCUGGUCGCACUUUUUGUAAGCUUCAUCUUCAAGAGGGUGGCCUUCAUGCUGAUAUAAAUGGCGAUGGAGUCCUAGAUCAUGUCCAGGCUGUAGGGGGAAAUGGUGCUGAGCAGACUGUUGCCAGUGGAUCCAUGGAAGUGCUCCGCCCCUGUUGGGCUGUUGCGACCUCUGGUGUACCUGUACGAGAACAACUAUUUAAUGCUUCUAUAUGCCAUCAUUCCCUUUUUAACUUAUUCCAACAUGGAGAAUAUUCAAGAAACUUUGGUCGAACUCAUGAUUUAGCUUCAUUGGAGGUAGCAACUCCCAUUCUCAUCCCAAGAAGUGAUGGCCAUAGGCAUCGUAAGGGAAGCCAUGGUGAUGUUGUCUUCUUGACAAAUCGUGGUGAGGUAACAUCAUACUCCCCUGGGUUGCAUGGUCAUGGUGCUGUUUGGCAGUGGCAGCUUUCGACGGGUGCUAUAUGGUCAAAUCUUCCAUCUCCAUCAGGGAUGAUGGAAUCUGGUAUAGUGAUACCUACACUGAAGUCAUUCUUGUUACGAGUCCAUGAUAAUCAACAAGUGAUCCUUGCUGCUGGAGAGCAAGAGGCUGUUGUGAUAUCUCCUGGAGGAAGUAUUUUAACAUCAGUUGACCUUCCAGCACCACCUACACACGCCCUGGUCACUGAGGACUUCUCGAACGAUGGCCUCACUGAUCUUAUCAUUGUGACCAACACCGGGGUGUACGGGUUCGUACAGACCAGGCAACCAGGCGCCCUCUUCUUCAGCACCCUGGUUGGUUGCCUCAUACUUGUAAUGGGAGUCGUAUUUGUUACCCAACACCUCAACUCCAUAAAGGGCAAACCCCGUGCUUCAUCUGCUCAGUGAAAGCAGCACUGCUUUCAUAAUGAAUAUACUAAACGAAUGAUUGCCACAGCCCUGAAGAAGCAAAGAGAGUUCAUUGAUAUCUUCCUUUGAUGAAGUAAAAUUGGCAUAAGCCUGACGGAGGGUUGUAUCCUUUAGCCUUAGAAACAUCAUCUGAUUGACGAGCUGCCAUAGACCUGCCUCCCGUGUUUUCUGCCUUACUCCUGUAGCAGUUCAUUUACUCCUGUUAGCUUUGCAUGUAAAAG